UCCACUUCCCAGAGCCCUCCCGCUUCCCCUGCCUGCGCUUGGAGGCGCCCCUCUCCCCCACCCGCGCGCCACAGAAGGACUCUGGGAGUUGUAGUUCGCAGGUUGAUGUCGGAGUGCUCAGAUUGGCCUCCGCGGCUGGGGCCCUUUGUUCGCCGGAGGCUGAGGUCGGGCAAUUGGGGUUAAGUGACUUGCCCAGGGUCACACAGCUACUAUUUCUCCUCAAGACUGCCCCCUCCCCAAGAGCAAGCAUGGAGGAGGAGCAGAGAAGAUGUUCUAGGCACCUGCCGCCCAGGAUCCAGGAGUCGGUGACAUUCAAGGACGUGGCUGUGAACUUCACCCAGGAGGAAUGGCAGGAGCUGGACACUGCUCAGAGGGAUCUCUACUGGGAUGUCAUGCUGGAGAACUAUGAGAACCUUGUCUUCCUCGCAGGGCUGCCAAUUUCCAAACCGGAUGUGCUCUGUCAUUUGGAGAGGGGAGUGGCCCCCUGGAUGCUGGAGGGAGAUUUCCCAGGAGAUGUCUUCCCAGAUUCACUUAGUUUGGAGAUUAGGUGUGAAACCAAGGACUCAGCAGCAAAUCAGGGUGAUUGUACAGGGGUGUCCUCUAAGAAGAAAUUCACAAAGGAUGGUCCUUGGGAUUUCAAGAUAGAAGAAGCUUGGGAAUUUGAUGUCAGGUUAGAGAAACAGAAGGACCUGGGGGAGAAACCAUCCAGACAAGUGGCAGCUUCUGACAGAGAAUCUUCUAAGGUGAAUGCCCAGGAAUGUAAAAUAUUUGGGGAAAGUUUCAAUCUGGGCUCAUUCUUUGUACCACAAGAAGUACUUCCUACAGAAAUGAAUCAAGGUAAGCUCUUCACACAGUUUUCAGACCUGAGGAAUCAUAAUGUAACAUCCUUAGGGAAGAACUUUUCUAAGCACAAUAAAUGCAGAAAGCCCUUCACUUACCAUCCAGAUCUUAUUGAAUUCUAUACAGUACACCCUGGAGACCAAUCAUAUGUAUGUAAAGAAUGUGGGAAAACCUUCAGCCACAGGGGAAACCUUAACAAACAUCAGAGAGUUCAUACUGGAGAGAAACCUUUUGAGUGUAUUGAAUGUGGAGAUACCUUUAGCCAGAGGAGAAACCUGAAUGCACAUCAGAGAAUUCAUACUGGAGAGAAACCACAUGAAUGUAAUGAAUGUGGGAAAGCCUUCACCCAAAGAUCACAUCUUACUCAACAUCAGAGAAAGCAUAAUGGAAAGAAACCCUAUAAAUGCAGUGAAUGUGGGAAAGCCUUCAACCACAAGGGAAACCUUAAUAGACAUCAGAGCAUUCAUACUGGAGAGAAGCCCUUUGAAUGUAAUGACUGUGGGAAAGCCUUCACCCAGAGAAGAGACCUCAAUGCACAUCAAAGAAUCCACACUGGAGAAAAACCCUUUGAAUGCACUGAAUGUGGGAAAGCCUUCAACCUCCGGGGGAGCCUUAAUCAGCACCAGAGAAUCCACACAGGAGAGAAACCCUUUGAAUGUAGUGAAUGUGGGAAGGCCUUCAGACAGAGGGGAUAUCUUAUUUAUCAUAAGAGAAUUCAUACUGGAGAGAAACCAUUUAAAUGCAAUGAAUGUGGGAAAGCCUUCAGACAGAGGGGCAAUCUUAGUGAACACAAGAGAAUCCACACGGGAGAGAAACCCUUUGAAUGUAAUCUUUGUGGGAAAGCCUUCCGAAAUGCCUUAUGCCUUACUCAACAUCACAGAAGUCAUACUGGAGAGAAACCCUUUGCUUGCAAUGAAUGUGGGAAAGCCUUCAACCAUAGGAGAAACCUUAAUAGACAUCAGAGCAUUCAUACUGGAGAGAAAACUUUCGAAUGCAAUGAAUGUGGGAAAGCUUUCAGCCAGAGAGGAGACCUCAAUGCACAUCAGAGAAUUCAUACUGGAGUGAAACCCUUUGCAUGUAAUGACUGUGGAAAAACCUUCAACCACAGGGGAAACCUUAAUGUGCACCAGAGAAUUCAUACUGGAGAAAAGCCCUUCGAAUGUAAUGAAUGUGGGAAAGCUUUCAGCCAAAGAGGAAGCCGUAACCAACACCAGAUAAUUCACACCAGAGAGAAACUCUUUUGAGUGCAGUGAAUGUGGAAAAGCUUUCAUAUGUAUGAACACGUUAAUGAACAUCAGAGAAUUCGUCAUGGAGAAAACAUUCAAGUAAUGAGUUGGAAGAAAGCUUCGUUUGAAGCCUUAGGAAACAUCAGAUAAUUCAUAUGAAUAAACAGCUUUAUGAAUGUAAUGAUCUUUGGAAACACUAGAGGAUACUCUAUCCCUCAUCAAACAUCAGAGAUAUCAGAAUGUGAAGCAGCAGUGGGGACGUCAUAAUGUGGCUUCUACUUCCUAAAGAGCUGUUGCUCUCUGUUUUCUCUCUUGUGAUUUCAGUCUCGGGACCAUUUUUAUCUCAGUAGGUAUUUGGUAAGAUGCCUCUAUUUUCAUUUUUGUAAAUAAUUUAUGUAAUAUGGAGUCUAAUUGUUCUUUAAAUAUUUGAUAGAAUUCACUUGUAUGUGUAUCUGGUGUUGUUCCUGUUCCUCCUCACCCCCACCUUGGGAGUUCGUUUAUGGUUUAUUCAAAGUCUGCGUCUUAGAUCAAUCUUUUUUUAGGCUCUCGACAUCUUGUUCUGUUAAUCUGGGUAUUUUAUAUUUUUGUAAGUAUUAAUUUCAUAUAAGUUUUCAAGUUUUUGUCAUGUAAAUGGAUGUAAUAGUUUCUGAAAAUGCAUUUUAUUUGUUGUGAAUUCCUCCUGAUCAUUUAAAAAAUUUUGUGAUGUGGUUUUUCUCUUUUUCUUAUCAGUUUAGCUAAUGGUUUUCUGUUUCACUCAUCUUUUUUUAAAAUUUGCUGUAUUAUUUAUUAUCUCAAUAGUUAUUUUUGUUUGCAGUUUUGUUUAUUCUUCUGUUUUCAGAAUUUCUGUUUUUGUGUUCAUAUAAGGAUUUUUACUUUAUAGUUUUCUUAAAGUACAGGUCUAACUGAGUCACUUUCCUAAUCAGUGAGCCCCAGGGGCUUUCUGUUGCCUCUGGGAUCAGAUCUAAGCUCCUCUGGCCUGCCUUCCCAGCCUGUGUGUCCAUCCCCUUCUGGGCUGACCAGGCCAGCUUGGUUCCCUGCUCACCACUCUUCUCCUCCCUUUUUUGUGCCUUUCCCCCCUUCCCAGAAGGUGCUUCUACUUUGCCCUUGCCUCUGCCUUGUGGGAGACUUUACUUCCUUCAAAACUGCUCCAGACAUGUCUCUACUUGAAGCCUUUCCUGAUCCUCUCAGUACCUGAGGCUCUCUGGCUCUCUCAUGUACUCUGUUUAUUUUGUAUACACUUAUUUAUAUAAUUGGUGUCUCCCCCAAUAGAACGUAAGCUCCUUGAGGGCAGGGAUGGUUUCAUUCUUGUCUUUGAGUUCUCAGUGCUAGCAUAGUGCCCGGCACUUGGGAGGCAGUCUCUAAAGACUAUUGAUUGAUGAAAUGUUUUCCUAGUUUAAUUGCACGCUCAAUUCAUUUAAUCUCGUUUUCUUUCUUGCUUGCUGAUGUAGGUAUUUCUUUAUCUAUACGUAUAUUUAUAGCUGUUCCCCCCAAGGACCAUCUUGGCUUCAUCCCAUAAGGUUUAGUAUAUUAUGUUUUUUCAUCAUUUUCUUUGGUAUAAUUACUUUUCAUAUCAUUUGUUUUUGACCCACUGAUUUGUUAGCAUUAUAUUAUUGAAGUCAGAAUACUUUCUUUAGAUUUCCCUUAUUAAUUACAAUUUUAUUGAAUUGUAGUCUGUAACAGAUUUUUUUUAA